AUGUCCACCCCCCCCCAGCCCCCACCACCAACCCCCGACCAACUCGCCGCCGCAAGAUACUCCCUCCUGCAGCACCAACACGCCAUGUCCUACUGCGCCAAUCCUGACUCCUACUCGGCCAGCAACGCCGCCAGCAUCGACCAAUCCCUCACCGUCAUCUCCCACGAAUCCGGCCCCGCUCCUCCGGCUGAACUACAAAUGAGACGGCUGGAAGACCUCCGGCAGAGGGUGAGAAAUAUAGGCCACGAUGAUGUGCCGUAUCUCUUUCUUGUGGGACUCCCGCCGAAGGAUGGGAGCUGUAGGGGGUUGCUACGUGUCAACCCCGCCCCAACCCCUUUCGAAGCCGCCGAACAACAGCUCUCCCAGCUCAAACGCGAAAUUGCCGCUGGCCCCGACCCCGCCGCCCACGCCGCGCGCAACCAAGCACUCAUCGACUCCUGCCCCGCCGUCAUCCAAAACAGCCCAACACUCACCCCGACCGAGGACGACGAAGUCAUCGAGGAAUACAAUGAGCGAACAUUGCCCGGCGCCUAUUCCGGGGCCAAGACCAAGUCGCGCCACUUGCGGAGGAGGGUCAAGGAGAUGAUGUUCAUGGAUGGAAUGAUGUUGACGGCGCAGGCUAUUCCGCCGUUGAAGGUGGAUGGGAAGUUUCAAUAUAUGUAA